AUGAACACGAAAGAAGUUAAAAUAAAAAUCAACGUGGAGAAAAUAUUCACAGCAAUUCAGAAUAUCAGUUCUAUCGAUGAUCUUCUGAAGCACAGCGCUCCAAAAGGCUACAUAGCUCUGAUAGACCGUAUAUUUCAUGAGAGUAUAGAGAUAGAAAGCGGAGCAGAUAAUGCUAGAGAAAAAAAGCUGAUUUUGAAUAUACUUAGUAACAGAAUUAGAGAAUACUUUGCAUACAGAUAUGGAAAAUGUGAUAUGCGUGGCCUAUACAAGGCACUGCAGGGCAAAAAAAAAGAGGAAAUAAGAGAAUAUUCUAUCAGCAUAAUCAAUGCACUUACACAGCCAAACGCCCUCAUAUAUAGCCCAGAGUAUGGAAUACACAGAUGGGAUGACAGGAAUAUACAGAUAGAGGAUAUAGACAUAGAUGAUGAAACACCUACUCUACAUCCGAGAACAUGCACUUUGAAGAUAGAUUGCGCCGGCUUUUCGAGACUGGAAAGCAUGCUGCAGCUCACCACAGAGAGCAUGGAAAAAGAGUUAUUCUUCCACUUUGCAGACCUGCUGUGCACAGAGGGCAAGGAGAUAGACAUUCUGAAAAAGUAUCUGCCAGAAAAAGAAGAGUAUCACACCAUAGACUACCUGUACACUCCAUUCAAAGGUGGAAACACACUGCCUGUGGACUACGGUCUGCGGUUCAUCCACAGAAAUUACGACGAGCUUAAACAGCUAGUUGAGGAGGUUAAAGCAAUGGAAGGUGCUGCUCGUAGCAUAAAACAAAUUACUGCCAAAAUCAUUGACGUAAUUCCUAUAGAAGAUCUGGGUAUAGUCACUUCCAUCAUCCAUAAUAUAGAUGCAAUAAACAAUGAAAAGAAGGCGCAAAAGAGCAUGCUUGAUGCAAUAGAGUACAUGGCAGACAAUAGUGUCUUUCUGGGCGGAAAGAAUAGAUCAAAAGUACUGGAUAUACACAGUGAUCUGAGCAAUUUUAGAGAAGACUACAUAUCUGAGAGCAGAGGCCUGAAGAACAUAAUCAUCAGAACAACAAAUGGACUAAAUAAGAAGUUUGGAGAGCUGCGUGAUGAAGCCCAGAAUAAGUCCAAUGAAUACGAGCAGACAGAGGAAGAAGAGAAGAGUGAAAAGGAGCUUGAAGAGUUAGAGCAUUCGAUUAAUAGGCUCAAGUAUGAGAUGUAUCUGUUAACGUACGAGAUAAGAAAAGAAAAAUCGCACCUUGACAAUGCUAGGCUUCUCAAAGCAGACUUCCACUGCUUCAUGAAGCCAGUUCAACAUAAGCAUAUCCUCAAAAAGAUAGGAAAAGUAGCGCUAAGAAAGAAAAUAGAGCUAAGAGUAACAGAAAUCUUCACCAUAAGACUAACUCGCAGAAAGUUGGCUUAUAUUUCUAUAGUGUUGACAGUAGUGCUUAUAACACUAGCAAUACUAUUCUCAGGCUAUAUUCUAGAUAACAAAAUAAAAGUUGGCCGGAUAAUCAGCCGCUGA